UGCUUUGGGUUUGUAGCUGUUGUAUGCUAAUAGGGUGUGCAGAGGUGCACUAAACACGGUGCAGUUCUCUCACUCUGCUGUAGGUGCUCAUAAUCUCUUCAGAAGUUUCUAGUUUUGCGGUCACCACACACACACACACACACACACACAGUGCGCAACAAGACGCAACUUGGCGGGAUGGCAUGCCUGCCAUCCCAAUUUCCAGCCUGGUCCAUGGUUGUUAGGCCGACUGGCUUGCCUGACACUGGACAUUUGACAUGCAAGUCAAAUUGCAUGAUUUACAUACUCCAAAUCAGCAUUUUUAAAGGCAAAAAAAGGAAUACAUCAUAUGCUGUAUUCUAGUGUUACAGGAAUGGCUUCACUCAGGCAACAAAUACAUAUGUGAAUUUGUUUCAUUGGUAUAUGUGGUCAUGUUGUGUUCAGUGUUUCUGUAUGAGUUUUUGGAAAUAUACAUUCCUUUCCACAAUUUGAGUUCCUAUGACAGACACGAAAGAGCCAUAGGAGCAAGGAUCUUUGUGGCCUAGGGUCAUCAGAAAGAUGGUCCAUGAAGUGAAGAGUACCAUUUGCAUAGGCAAUUUAUGGCUAGGUAAUGACACAUUAAAACACACUGAACAUGAAAUUUCCCAGGUUACACUUUCACAAAAAAGCUCUGCGCUGCUUAAAUUACUGUUGGUCAUAUGACCCAACAACCCCCAGAGCCAUAAGAUGUUUUUCUGAUGUAAGAUUGUGACGGCCAAGGAUUUGUGCACCUGGUGUUUCUAAUUAUGGGGCUAUACAAACAAUUGAAGUCCUACUGGUGCAGAGGCGUGGCUGAUGUAAUUACAGACAGAUUGUAUGUCAUUGUUCAGUAAUAAUAAAAUAAGAACACUCAAGGAAAAGAGGGCAAAAAAGGCAGUAGAACACUCACACAUUGUAUAUAUAUAUUCCAGACACAUUCAGAGCAAAGUUAGAAAACAAGUUAAUAUUAUUGUUUAUUUUAAUAUUGGAGGUUAUAAAGGUGUCAUAUAAUGCUGUAAAUAAGUAACAAAAAUUACCUUGAACUGCUUCCUUUCCUGUAAAGAUGUGGUUCAUGUCGUCUCCAGGGUUGAAUGUUUCAAAAGUGCAGAGCUUCUUCUCACAAUAAUGCAGGAGCAAUGACAAAUGCAUCACCACAGUCCUGGCCUAAUUCCACCAGCUCCAGAUGUAAUGCUAUCUUUCCGAUCAGUAAAUUGUGUUUAUUCAGCAGGUUGAUAAAGCUUUCCUUUAUCUGGGUGUUGCACAAUACGCCAUCCGCCUUAUAUCUAAACAUUUCAAAAUGCUGUGCUCCUUGAAAGAGUUGGCUUUAUAGUGUUUGAGGGGUGUGUCACAGAAAGGAUAUCCUGGUUCGUUGAGGUAAAGCAGCCAUUUCAACAGGUAGAAGGUAUCCGGACUUUCUUGUCAGGAACAUUGAGACUGAUACAUCUGCUACCAUCUACAGCAGUGCAGUACCUCAACUACUUCAGACAGGAAAUACUACUACCGGUACCACCACCUACUACUUCUACUGCUGCUGGUACUACUAUUACUAGUAAUACUACUAAUAAUAAUAAGUACAAUUGUAUAGGUAAAGCAACUUGUUCCAAAGAAAUUAAAGUUGGGAUGAGGCCAAGAGACUUCAUCCAAAUGGGCAUGGCCCUGACUGCUGCUGUUAUCAUAUUGUAUAUCGCCAUCAACCCACCCCAGCGGGCCUGGAAAGAGGCAAGGAAAUUAAGAAACUUUUUUGGGUCUUCUAAACAAGACCAGAAUUUUCAAGAAACACCCAAAGCCAUCCACUACAAGUGUGGACUCCCGAAACAGUGCCCUUUAGAUCAUUUUGCAUUUCAUAUUCUAAGUGGGGCAGCAAAUGUUAUUGGGCCGAAGAUUUGCUUUGAAGAUCAAAUAAUCAUAAGCAGUGCUAAAAACAAUAUUGGGGCUGGGCUGAAUAUUGUGCUCAUAAAUGGUGAAACGGGGAAGACUUUGAAGUUUGACUCCUUUAACAUGUACUCUGGAAAAGUGGAAGAUCUGCUGAAAUUCAUGAAAGAUGUAAAGCCUGGGACAAUUGCUCUUGUAGCUUCCUUUGAUGACCCAGGAACAAAAUUGACCAAUGAAGCACGGGACAUAUUCGUUAAGUUGGGAAGCAGCAUGAUCAAGUCUGUGGGCUUCAGAGACAGCUGGGUUUUUGCAGGAGCUGCUGGAAUAGCACAAAAUAGUCCUUUUGAAAAGCACGUAAAAAACGAGAAGGAGAAGAACGUUUAUGACGGCUGGCCGGAGAUCGUGGAGGUGAGCGGCUGCUUUCCCAGGAAGCGGUGACCUGGGGGACGUCCACACUGACAUCAGCCCGAUGAGUGACAUGCGCUCUGCUCCAGUCAGCCACUGCUCGCGGUUUAUCAUGACAUUUUCAUGACCUGCUUCUGUAUGGACCUUGAAUCCCCAUGAGAAGCAGCAACAUUUCAAAAAGUUAAUUGAGAAGUAGUUUUCUUAUCAUAAAUUUACACAUUUUAAAAAAAUUUGAAUGACAAAACAUGACUUGUCAAGAAACGGUAUAUAUAUAUUUUUUCCUUUUGUAUAUAUUUUGUAUUUAAAACACUGAAAGACAAAAGCGAGCAGUUAACAUAGGUCAAUUCCUUAGUGUCUGACUUCUGUGCUGACCAAAUUAUGAAAGAUUAUUUCUGGAUGUUCAUUUCUUACAGAAGAAUAUUCUGAAACGUGAUAUUUUUUGCAUGUAUUACAGCGGACUACAUGAAUACAAUGACACAUACAUGGUAAUAUUGAGGAGAAUCGUUCUCCGAUUCAUCUUCAACUGUAUAAACCACUGUAAAAUUAGAAUUUUAUAUUCAUUGUUUACAUUUGGCUUUAAUUCUCACUGCCUUUCAUUUAUUUGAAUCAGGGCUCAAAGAUAUUCUCAUUUCAGAAAAGGUCAUAGUUUAAAAAAAUGUAAAUCAGUGAGAACAAAGACCAAGAAUUACUCUUUCUACAUACAUAGUUUGCAUUGUUUUGUAUUGCGGUCUCUUGCUACAUUUUUACUGUAUUUGUGUUUAUUUGCAUCCAUACAAAGUGCAGUAUGUCUUGUGUCAUUGUGCACCCAUCCCAUUCUGUGACUGUAUCCUCUUUAGCCUUGAUAUCAGUGUGCACAUUAUAUUUUAUAUAGGCAUUUUUGUUUUAUUAACUCAGCCAUGAAGAAUCACUGAAUGAAUGCAGGCUGUGCAUGGGCCUUUUGAGUCAUUUCAAAAACAAAAUGGAAGUACAACAAUGAAUCAGAGAAGAAAUCCUUUCUUUUUCUUCAUCACCUUAUGUUGCAUUCCUCUCUAUUAGUAAAACACACAUGCGCAAAUUUGAGACGGGCACUGAGAGAGACUGCACUGGCUGGCAAGCCCCGUAGAGUGUACAUAAGAACUGGAGGGGCCAGGUGGUGAAGCCUAGGACGUAAUGGGAAACAGCCUCUACUACGCAUGUUGAGGGCAAAAGAGCUUGCUGCCCAUUGAAUUAAAUGGGGAAAACCAAGGUGAAUUACUUAGCAAAGAAAACCUCAUCAGUCAAUUGUUUGUGACCAUACAUUUUGUUGUGUGUUGCAGUUUAUGAAAAAAAUUGUUGUUUUUGGUCCAGAAGUCUUGAGAAAAUGUUUAUUAAAAUGUUUAAUAAAAUCGGUAUUUUAUUACAUAUUACAUAUUUUUACAAUCUGGUUUUCAUAUGAAACGUAAUGAUCGCAAAACUUGUUUCAGAAUACCAUCAUUUCAAUGGGAGCGCCAAUGUUUUAUGCUCAGCAUGCGCGGUACAGGCUUACUUCCGGGACUUCACAAGCUUAGGUUAGCCGAAGUCUUGCUUGCCUGCCUAGAUAAAUAUGCAUGUCCUUCGGGUCCUACCACAUGCACACAGUAGCAAACUGCAAAGCACAAAAAAAAAAAAAACCUGUGGAAACAACUGUAGAUAAAUAAAAUAAAAUCAUUAGUGAUCUCAAUAAAAGCUCUUUUUUAAAUUGCA